UUUUGAUCGCAGAACAUUUACAUGAAAACUAUAAUUAAUGUACAAAUGAAAAAGAAUCGAACGUUCUCCUGAUAAUUUUUCUUAAAUUGUGUUAUAAAUAUGAUGCAACAUCAAUACUGGGUGACUAAAAAGACUGUUUUAAAGAAACUAGGGACUAAAGAGGAUGAAUGUAUAAUAGCGUCCGAUGCCGAACUUGAUGCAAAGUUAGAAUUAUUUCAGUCCAUUUCAGAGAGUUGUUUACAAUUGCAACGAGUUUUAGAUCAGUAUCAAGAACGUCUAUGCGUGCUUGCGCAAGAAGAAAAUUCUUUGGGAAAGUUUCUGCGAGAUGCGGGCAAAAACAACGAUGCAGCUGGGAAACACAUGGUGACGGCUGGUAAAGCGAUUUCCUAUGCUGGACAACAGCGAGUCUCCAUAAGAAGUCCUAUAUUGCGACUGCAUCAUGAAGUGGAAACGUUUAGAUGUAGAGCUGUGAAAGAUAUGCGUGCAACAGUGUCGGCGAUGGAAAAAGCACGUAUCGAGUAUAGAGCCGCGUUGAGUUGGAUGAAAUCAACCAGCGCACAGCUCGAUCCUGAUACUGGUCGCGGUCUUGAUAAUUUUCGCAAAGCACAGCGACAAGUGAGAGAAAGCAAGAAGGUUUUUGAUAAAUUGACCCUAGAUGUUUUACAGAAGAUUGAUCUGCUAGCUGCAGCUCGUUGCAAUAUGUUCUCCCAUGUUUUAUCGAACUACCAAAACUCGUUUUUGGGUUUCUCAGCAAAAGUGGCACAAACUCUGGCCGCUACCAUUGAGAGUAUGAAUUCUACACCACAAUAUGAAUUUUGCAUUUUGAAGAGCUUGUCUGAAAAUGAUAUUGAAGAGGAAAGCCUUGCGCAGGACAAGGAUCAAUUGCUGUUCUUUCAGGAUGAAUAUAAAGAUGACGGUCCGACAACGAAAAAAACUGAUGAUCAAACUGAAAAACAAAACACUGAAAACGAGACAUCAGCUACACAAGAAGAGCCAUCUACCUCUGGAACCCUUAUUAGUACUGAUGAAGAUAAGAGUGCAAACAUUAGUGAGGAUUUGGCUGGUUUGCAGCUAGGUGGUGGGGAUAUGCCCGCUAAUUAUGCUUUUAUGCCAUCUCAACUUUUGCAGGACUUCACUGGAAACUUCAUGGAGAGUCCAUUACAACCACAUAGCAUACAAAACGAGGAGCCUUCCCAGGCUUCCCAAACACAAGCAAGUAAACCACUACCAGCGCCAAAGAAAGAUGACAAAGCUGCUUGGUUCAAAUUAUUUGCCGAGCUGGAUCCACUUGCCAACCCUGAUAACAUCCCAGGCUCCAAUCAUAAUCAGAGUCAUGCUGCUUAACUGGUAUGAUACAGAUUAAAAAUAGUGCAGUCAUUGUAACAGAUGUCAUGCUCUUUCUAAUGCCACAGAUAAUAAAUUAGCUAUUACUUAA